UUACCAGAUGCGUUAUUCGGAGUAUGAGUGAGGGCUAUGGACGGUUCAUCGAUUGAUUUCACUGGAACCAUUUUUCAUCCUGCUUCCACGGUGGUCCACUAUGGCCUCAUCCACGAUUCCUGAGUGAAUUCUAACUGAAAAUGAUAAAAUCUUUGUUUCUCUUGUUUCUGCGGAACGUGAUUUAGAUAUAAUAAGGAUUCAUUGUCACUGAUGUUUCGCUCGAUUAUGGCUCUUUUUUGGGUCCAGUAAGAGAAUCUCACAGCGACAGACGCGUCUGCGGCGGUGAAGACCGGUGGAGAGACUGGAGAACUCGCGGCGCGCAGGAGAAGGUCUCUUCCUGUCUUCAAAUCGGAGCUAUUACAACAGAAACAGGAGCGCCAUGGUGAACUCGCUCAUACUGCUGCUCAGCUGGACGAUGAUCUCCGAGGUUGCGAGAGCUCAGAAUGAUACGGAGCCGGUCGUCCUGGAAGGAAAAUGCCUGGUGGUGUGCGACUCCAACCCGGCCACGGACUGGAGGUCCUCGUCCUCUCCGCUCGGCAUCUCCGUGCGCGCCGCCAACUCCAAGGUGGCUUUUUCUGCAGUCCGGAGCAACAAUCACGAGCCGUCAGAAAUGAGCAACAAAACAAGAAUAAUCUACUUCGAUCAGGUGCUUGUGAAUAUAGGAAACUACUUCACAUUUGAGUCUGUCUUUCUUUCCCCAAGAAAAGGAGUCUACAGUUUUAACUUCCACGUCAUUAAAGUGUACCAGAGCCAAACUAUACAGGUUAACUUGAUGCUAAACGGAAAGCCAGUCAUCUCUGCCUUUGCAGGCGACAAAGAUGUGACUCGUGAAGCUGCCACCAAUGGAGUUCUACUUUAUCUUGAAAAAGAGGACAAAGUUUAUCUGAAGCUGGAAAAGGGAAAUCUAGUGGGCGGAUGGCAAUAUUCAACGUUCUCCGGCUUUCUCGUUUUCCCUCUGUAGAAGAAAAUAAAAAGCAAGAACAAAGAAAGGACAAUUGUAAGUCUGCAGACUUCUUCAUAAUGUGUUGUCACAGUAUAAUCAAAACAUUGCUGCUUCAUCUGCUGGAUUCAGCCAAACGACUGAAAAAUGACAUGAAUAAAUACAUAACGACAUGGAAAGGAAGUGACUUUGGAAAAUGCUCACAUUCUGGGGAGAAGUCAGGUUUGGGUCAAAAAGACUUGAAAUAUUCUUAAUCGCUACCAUGUGUUUCUGUCACUCAAGCAGCCCUGAGAAGAGCACUUACACAAACAAAAGACACUGUUCAAACUUUGAUUUGCUGAAAUAUGCUUAGGAUGCUGUGAUUUUUUUGUGCCACGAUUAUUGAAUUUAGUUUCAUCUGCUCUUGUUGAUGUAAACUGUAUUUGUUGGCUGUAUCAACUAUCAUGACCAAUGUAUACAUAUGAGAACAUGAGAGCAAUGAAUCUUAAUUAGAUCAGUAACACAAAAUGCUCAGUUUCUGAGUUUGUUGGAGCUGUAACUUAUUUUAGAACCAGUUCAAGACAUAAAUGAACUAAGCCACUUCUUAGCACGCUAAUAGGGGUUUAAGUUCUCUACUUUUAUACAUUUCUAUUACUUCCUUCAAUUUCAGUGUUGUAGGAAGCUAUGCGGCCAUGCAUGAAAAGGAUUGAGAAUCUCCUUUCCACCCAUUAAACACAGAAGCAGACAGAAUUUCAUGAGCUACUGCUGAGCUAGCGUGCUAUCAAUUUUUCAUACAUGUCAAAAAGUUCCAUAGCAUGAGCAGUGUAGCUUUUACACACCGUGUACACUACAUGUGUACCACCUCAACAGUGUUUUUGCAACUGCUACUCAUUAUUGCAACAGUGUCACAACAAUUACUAACCUUUUCACAUUCAACACUAUUUAGACAAUCUGUCUGCGCCAAUGAAGAAUCACUCACCUCAAGCUGCCAGAUGCUUAAAACUUAAGAAACUGACAACUUGUACUUUAUGACUAACAGAUAUCUGAGUUCAUCAACAAUCAUGACCAGAUAAGAAUGUAGUAAGAUUUCAACAAUUUUAAAAAUGUAGGGCAAAUACCGAUCUCAUCCUAGGAUCAGUAUUUGAGGACUUUACUGGGGAAUGUAAAUCCAAAUUAUUUGUGGAAAAUUUGCCUAUUGCUGGGUUUCAGACACGUGACCCAAAUGACACGCGAAAUUCAGAUGGAGGGUCGGAAAUGGAUUUCUCUGGUUCAAAACAAAUCAAAAUUGAUCACAAUAGUAUGCUAAUGCCCUAAGCAGGCUGGAACAGACAAGGCAUCUCGAAAAAAUGUGUGUAUAUUUAGGAUAUUAUUUGUAUUAUCUCAGUAAAAAAAGAGUUCUCUUAUAAUCUUGAGGAUUUACCCAGCAUCAAGGCGAUCCACGUAACUAACUGGAGCUGCAGACCUCAUAUUAUAUUAUAAACAAGUGAGAAGAAAGCUUUCAAAAGCCUGGAGAAUACAAUCAUUUAGUUUCAAGUUGGGUCAAGCAUUUAGGAUCAAAAGAAGCAUUAAAUGGCUGUCUACUUGUUUCUACCGGGUCAGUAUUGAAUUGUGCUAUUUUAAGUAUCGCUAACAACGAACUAAACCAUGUUAUUUCUAUGUGUUUGGAUCACCUGGUAAAUAAUUUAUUUAGCUUCUGCAAACCCAAAUUCAUGCUGAAGUUAUACGUUAAUGUUGAGUUGUUGUAAGACGCUGGAUUCAGGUCCAAUGUAGGUCAACGAUUUGCUCCGAUCUACAGAAACCCCCAUGUCCAUACGUGGUUCGUGUUUGGACACGAAUGUAGUUCUUGUCCAGACAUGAACCAUGUAUGGGAAAAGUCACAGUUCACGGUGACUUUAUGGCGGUGUAGGUUAUAUUUAAUUUAUUUAGCUUUUUUUUUCUACCAUGAAAGUCCCACUGAAUAAACAUAUUUUCUGUCCGGGACUCGGCACUGAGCUAGCUGCUAACAACAUUAGCACUCUGAGGACAACCACGCCAGGGCAUAAAAAUAAUAUAUCUUACCAUACAUAUGAGUGCUUGGCUUUCUAAGUAACUGUCCAAUAAAACAUCUGAAAAUACAAUUUAAAGAUUGCGAUCAUUAGGCUACCUGUUAAAAAGUGGUGCUGCAAACUCUGGCAUUGUUAGUUUCUGCACCUCCCGCUAUUAGGUGUAGAUUGUUGAUGCACUUUUCUCCUCUUUUUUCGAAUUUUUUUUAAAUUAACUCCCUUGUGACCAACUAUCUUUGGAACAUGAAAAUAAUGUUUAUCUUUCUCUCUGCUAGAGAAAGAAAGAUAAUGUCCUGUACGGACACAGACUUUAGACAUUUUGAUGCUGGAUCAACAGAAAUAAAUGGGCUGCAUUUACUUCCUGCCCUCCAUCUGCAUUGGGUGACAAUCAGUGCUACGUCAUCUGAAACCCAGCAAUUUGAAGAUUUUUUAAAAUGUAACUUUGGAACCUAAAAUACCUGUGGGCAAUGCUACCUAACACAAUAUUGCAUUGUAUAUGUAAACCAGCCAAUCCAGGAGUGCCAUUCAUACAUUUUCAUGUAAGAUCAUAGUCUUAAGUACAUGACAUGAGUUCAGUCAGCUCUGCUGCUUGGGUCACACUUUAGGUACAUUGUAACUUUAUAGGACUUCAAAUUAAUUUCUUCAUAUAAUCACCAAUUUCUUUUGUCCCAUGUCUUAAAGUCGACCAAAACUGACAUGCCAUUAUAUUCAGAAAACCAAGUCAAGACAAAAUGAACAGCAACCUUAAUGAAUGCUAUAUUUUACAUUAUAAUUUCCUGGAACAAAAAAAAAAAAAAAAACUUACUAAGUGCUAUUGCUUUGUUAUAUAAUGUGAAGUAAAUAAUUUGUCAAGCAUAACGUUAUGUUGUACAGUCUAUUUGAAGGAAUUAUUUAUUUGCUUACAAGUGGCAAGUUUUGUUAAAAUAUAAAUAUUAGUUCAUGGGCUGCUAUUUUGAAAAGAGAUUCCAAAUCAACUUUUGGCAUUAAUUUAAUUUGACUAGACUACAGGAAGAAAAAGGAUUCUAAAAUAAAGAAUUUAUUAAAAGGUGCUAAGAAAUCUGAUGUUCGAAAAUAUUGCUGUAAUAAUUUUAUGGUUCUUAAUAACCAUAAAGAACCAUAAAAUUAUUACAGCUGAGAAAACAAACAUUGAAUAAAUGGCAGAAGACAUGCAAAAUAACCACAAACAUCAUAUGUAAUAUUCCAUCCAUAUCCCUCUCCCCGUCUAUCCAUCUGGUCUUAUCCUGAUUGAGCAGGUUUGUAAUCAAGGUCAGGUGCCGUGUAAUCCAGUUGGUAAGUGAGGCAGGCGCCUAGCUCUGGGGAUGACUUAAUUUCCAAUAAAACUUGCUUAUUAUAACCUUAAGUGUACAAACAGCAUCCAUUUUUGCACAAUCAGCUUGUGGUUCAUGAGCCUUAAAGUUGAAAAGGCUGGUAAACAUGCAUUUAACUUGUAAAUUCUUGCAGCAGCCUAAGUAUAACAAAACUUCUGUUGAAUUUAAAAAUGUAAAUGUUGCUACUCAGCUCAGCGUAUGAUGGCUUCUCUGCAAACAUAGAAGCAAAUUUACUCCUUUUGUAAACUAUGGAACUCACGAUUAGUAUUGUUUCAACCAGAAAAAAAGCCCACUUUCUCAUGUGAAAUGCUGUCUUACACUAAUUAAACUAAUGGUUCUUA